UGGUUUCUCUGACAACAUGGAGUACUUCUUUUUGAAAGGAUUCCUGGUGGUUUUGUUAACACAAUGCUGCACAACUGAAGGUUUGUCAUCAUCGUUGCAAUCCUCCAUGGUGGACACGCACCAAGAUGGCCAGACCUUGCACCGAGAAUCAGAGUUGCCCCCUGCAGAAGUAGUUCCAGUAGUGGCUCCUCCAAGCCUUAAAGAGGUGCAGCAAGCUGUGUUGGAGGCCUCAGAGCAGGUGGAGGGUCGUGGGGCCGAAGAAGUGCUGAAGGAGCUGCUGGAGAGGGUGGUGGAGGCAGCUAUAGGGCAGCAAGUGGGCGAGGGGAAGGCAGAUGAGGGAGCGGUGCAGAAGGUGGUUGAAGAGGAUGCAACGUGGACUGAAAAAAAAGAGGCUGAAGCCAACAUAGAGGCCAAGGUGGUGGAGCAGGUAGUGGGGAAGGAGCUGGAGGGUGAAGAUGUGGGAAUCAAUGGAGGGUAUAUUGAUGUUGGAGAGGAGCAGGAGGGAGCAGAGGUGGAUGCAUUUGAAGAUGUAGCCGAGGAGGAGAAAGGAAUUGCAGAGGUUGAGGGCGAAACAGCAGCUGGGUAUGUGGAGGAGACCACGACAGGUGUAGACACUGGAGAAGGAGAUGGAGCGGAGAGACAGAAGAGACAGCAGGGGAAUCAGCAGUAG